AUAUUAUACAAAUAUCAUAGAGUUCUUUUACUUUGCUCUAAAAGAUAUUAAAUUUGUUUAUAUUUAAGCAUUAUGGUGUCUCUAAAUAGGAACCUCAUUUUGGCAUUUUUGUGUGUUUUAUUGUGCUUUGUUGUUAGCUUUAGCAAUGCCCAAUUAUCAGCCAAUUUUUAUGGGACGUCGUGCCCUAAUCUGCAGACAAUUGUAAGAAAUGCAAUGACACAAGCUGUGAAUAGAGAGGCCAGACUUGGUGCCUCUAUUCUUCGAUUGUUCUUCCAUGAUUGCUUCGUUAACGGGUGCGAUGCAUCAAUACUACUGGAUGACACAUCAACUUUUAUAGGAGAAAAGAAUGCAAAUCCAAACAGAAAUUCAGCAAGAGGAUAUGAAGUGAUAGACACCAUUAAAACUCAAGUUGAAGCUGCUUGUCCUAACGUUAUCUCUUGUGCGGAUAUUCUUGCUCUUGCUGCUCGAGAAGGCACCGUACUGCUUGGAGGGCCAUCAUGGGCAGUGCCAUUGGGCCGAAGAGACGCAAGGACCGCGAGCCAAAGCGCCGCCAACACCCAAAUCCCCGCACCAUCUUCCAGUCUUGCAACUUUAAUUUCCAUGUUCUCCGCCAAAGGCCUAAGUGCGCGUGACAUGACGGCACUAUCCGGCAGCCACACGAUCGGCCAGGCUCGGUGCACCACUUUCAGAAACCGGAUCUACAACGACACCAACAUCGACCCGCAGUUCGCCGCCACGCGCAGGGCUACCUGCCCUGCUUCCGGCGGCGACGCCAAUUUGGCCCCGUUGGAUAUCCAGACUCCGAACCGGUUCGAUAAUGAUUAUUAUCAGAACCUAGUGGUUCGGCGUGGGUUGCUUCACUCGGAUCAGGAAUUGUUUAACGGUGGAUCUCAGGAUGCGUUGGUGAGGAGUUAUAGUAACAAUGGUGCGAGUUUUAGAAGUGAUUUUGCUGCAGCUAUGGUGAAGAUGGGGAAUAUUAGUCCACUUACUGGAACUAAUGGAGAGAUUAGAACAAACUGCAGGGCUAUUAACUAACUAAGUUGUUAUUACGAAUUUAAAAUUGUCAUAUUUACUAUCGUAAGUUGUUGUAUCACUUCCUCUACCAAAUAUCAGUGUCAAUCAGUUAACUAGACACCAAGUUUACGAAAUAAAUGGAGACUUUUGAAUUUUAUGAUUUUAAA